CAAUGGAGCGAGGCCGCGGGGGCGGGUCUUAGCUGUACAGCCGGAAGGGGAGGGUGCAGCGCUUGUUGCUCUGUACAGCGCCGAGCACCUGCCGUGUCAGUGACGUCAGCAUAGGCAGUCCCCAUGACUUCUUCCCUGGAGGAUGUCCAUGAUCCUCUUUGCCUGCGUGGUGCGGGUGAGGGACGGCCUCCCGCUCUCGGCCUCCACCGACUUCCACCUAGACCAGGACUUCUUGGAAUGCAGGAAGAGACUCCGGGUCUUGUCGGCUGUCCUGAUGCGGUAUCCAGGUCGGGGUACAGCCAAAGAACGUGACCUCAGUAUACACUUCCAUUCUUCCGGGGAGAUCGCCUGCAUGGGCAUUUGUGCCAGUAAUUACCCGGCUGUCAUGGCAUUUUGCUUUCUAGAAGAGCUCCAGUGGGAAUUUGCCACCGCCUACAACCCAGCAAGCGUAGGUCUGGCUUCCAGGCCAUACGCUUUCCUGGAAUUCGACAACGUCAUUCAGAAAGUCAAAAGCCGCUUCAAUUACGGCAGCUGUGCUGCGAUGAAACUCAACAUGGAAAAAAUCCAGGAGGACUUGCGGAUGCAUCCGCCCACGCAGGUGAAGCUAGAAGAGGCUGAGUUGAUGAAUGGGAUGGUGAAUGGACACGCAGAGCUCCACGUAGAGUCAAGUCCCGAAGCCUCGGCGUACAAGAUGCAGUCUGUGUCCACCAUGGGCAUUUUGUCGCUCGUCCUCAACAUCAUGUGCGGGGCACUGAAUCUCAUUCGAGGCGUUCACCUCGCGGAGUACUUGUUCCAGGAAGAUUACCAAGGAAUUGGAAAUGUAAUAGCGUUUCUCCUACCUUUCGUAGCUUGCUUCUUCUUGUGUCACCUUUACCUGUUCUACAGUUCGGCGCGGCGGAUCAAGGUCUUUGUGCUUUUCGUCACUGUCUGCCUAUGCAACAUCUACCUGUAUGGACUAAGGAACAUCUGGCAAAUCCUCUUCCACAUAGGGGUGGCUUCUCUUUCUUCUCAUCAGAUCCUCACGCGGCAGGUGGCGGAGAAGCAGCCGGACUGCGGAGUAUGAAAAGGGACGCGGAGCUCCUGUUGUGGUUUUUAAAAACUCGGGGGUUGGCGAGGUUUAAUGCCGUCAGGCAGCAGCCGAGGCAGCGGGGUGGGAUUUUUUAAAAAAAACACCACCGUUCUUUCUUUUGAGAAUGGGUUUUCUAGCAUAAAUCGGUCAUAGUUGGGUAGGGUGAAAGGGAUCGAGAAGGUGGAUUUGGUCCUCCCGAGACAGGAUCCUCAGAGCACAGAUCCAGUACAGAUUAACCAUCAAAAUCCAGAGGAUCUAGGCCUACAGAGGGGAUCUCAAGGAGCACGUCUUGGUUUCUCAAACGAGCGGACAGUCAGUCCCGGAACUUGUCCCCGAGUGAAGGAAAAAACGGACUCAUCUGGAAGACGCACGGGUUCCAAGCUUCCACACACUACAGGAGAAGAGAAAAAGGAAACCAGUUGUUUGAAGAUCUGCUUUCUCAUUUGCUGCCCCUAAAGGUGUUGAGCCAAAACGUCUUGUCCUCCUGGCAGCUAUCCGCACCACACUCUCCUGAGGUCAUUUGUCUCCAGAAAACGGGGGCUUUGUUGCACAAAACAUCAACAUUAGUCCUUUGUAAAGUCCUCAGGAGUAGCAAAGCAUUGCUUGGGCGUCUGCCUCAUGCUACAGAUAAGGGGUUGUGCGCUCGAAUCCAUUCACCUCCUGAUAAUGGGUCGUGCAUUCAAAUCCCUAUUCUCCACCCUGCAGAUAGAAAGGUAGAGUGGGAUAAGAGAAACGGGUACAAGCAAACAUUCCCAGGUUUAUUUGUGCAGGAAGCUUUCAGUAGACAGAAAUAUGGCAGGACCCAGGCUAAGACAUUGGAGGGUCAUGACAGUAGCGUGUAAAAUGAGAAUCAGAGACGGGAAGGGCUUCCAUUCCAAUUUUAAGACUUUGCUCUGUAAUGAGAUAAGGCAUCUGAGAACUGGUGACACGUGGCAAGUUAGAGCUGGCAGAGACGAAAUGCUUCCCUGUCCACUUUGGGACAAAGCCAAACCAAAUGCCCAGAAUUUGCAAGCACUGGAAAGAUGCAGGCCUAGUUCAUCCAUCCGAAAAUUAAAUAAAUACACAUUUAUGGUGA